CUCGCCUCUCUCCCAAUCGCUCUGGCCCGUUCACCCAUGUUGCAGGCUCCGUGCGAUAACCUACGUACAUCCUACCAGGGCUCAAGCACCUGCGAACUUGCGAAGCCUAAGUGUGCUCGUGCCCUGGCUUCCCGCGUUUUCUCCGCACCGAACCUUGUUUCAGUAGAGGCAUAGCCGGCAACUGGCGCCUGCACCAAUUCAUGGGUCGUGUCUGUUCCCGCGAACGACGUUCUCGAUGCAGGACGCUAAGCAAUGUAACAAGCACUCGCGCCGAGCACAGCACGGGCGCGACAGAGCAGCAAGAUGGGAAGCAAUGUGGAAUGAGAAUCCCGACGUUUGCGACGAUUGAUAGGUCUGGCGUGUGUGCGACGUCGACCUCGCAGAUCCCUCAACGCAAUCAUCUCACGCCCUCCGGCAGGGGGUGGGCGGAGAGUGAUCGAUCAUACGGCCGACAGUUCCAAGGACGGGCAGACUGCGGGCGUCCGCGCGGGCUGCCGAUACACGCAGACAUGGAUUGCAGCAUGUCGGCAGGGACGGGGAGUACGAGGAGGUGAAUAGGCGUUGCCGUCAGCAGGAGGGAUGCCGCCGGAGUGUUUGGAGGGGAUGUCGAGAAGCUGCUGUCAGUGUCGAGGGCUGUGCGACAGUUGACGACGAGAUCUGGGCCGUCGAUGACCAGUCCUCUUCUCGACAUCUCCCUCUCCGGUCCCAUCUUCAGAUAAGUACAUGCAGUCAAUAUUGCCCCCUUUCGCCACCAUCCAGCUAUGCUGCCUUGCCGUACUGUUAUCAUAAGCUUUCCUAGCCCGCGCCGCGCUCGCACCCACGCCAGCCUGCACCUUCGCGCUCACACUCCCGCUCGAACUCACGGCCGGCAAGAGCUGUCAGCAGCAGUACUUUCCCAGCCACGUUCCGCGGGCUCGGUGAUCUCUCUAUUCUCCGACAAUGUAUGAUCGCCUACUGCGACGCUGCGUCUGUGCCUGCGCGAGAUGCCCCCUCCAAGAUAUGCACCGUACGAUGCUCUCCAGAUACGCUAAUACGCACGCCGCCUUCUUUCCAUGCGCGGGCGCACGCCCCGGCUUCUGGCCCGUACCGCACUACUUCCAAGCGGCGAUGCCACGCGGCACGCUGCGCCCCCCUUCUGACGAGACUCGCGAUGUGGUCAACCGGCGAAGGGCCCCCUGCGCGCCCACGCCCCAGCAAGGGCGUAUGACCGCCGCAUUCGGUCCGCGUCCCGCGUCGUCCGCCCGCGCGCGCUCUGCCGAACGCUUCUUUCGAUGUCGAACCUCGCGACCUCAAGCUCGCGAGCGCGAUGCGACGGGAAAGGCGAGCGACAUCACUCGAACGGGGCGCACCGGCUGAUCACAACCCCUGCCCUUCACCCGGGGGAGCUGGUCCCUCCUCCGAGCCCGAGCGGGCUCUUGCCCAGACCCGAAGCCUGGGGUUACGAAACCUCGCGGGUGCUUUGCGUCCAGUGCGAUAGCUAGGCGACCUGG